AUGACAACCGCAGCAGUAUUCGGUUCCACCGGCGCCGUAGGAUCCCAGAUCCUGGCCACGUUGCUCGCCGCAGACACCUUCUCAUCCGUCAAGACCAUUUCAAGACGCAUCCCCAGCGCACAGUCCCCGAAGCUCCAAGCCCUCGAAGAGGCAGACACCUCAAAAUGGGGCGGGAUGAUUGCCUCCCUGGCACCCAAGCCAGCCGUCGUGUUCAACGCCGUUGGCACCACGCGAGCCACAGCAGGUGGAAUCCAGAACCAAUGGAAGAUUGACCAUGACUUGUGCAUCAAGAACGCCAAGGCAGCAAAGGAGGCGGGUGUCAAGACAUACGUAUUCAUCUCAAGUGCCGGGACGAGGGGCUUUUUGUCUGGCUACGUGCCGUACUCGAAGAUGAAGGUUGGCGUGGAGGAUGCCAUCAAGGAGCUUGACUUUGAGCACGCAAUCAUCCUUAGACCGGGGAUGAUUAUUGGAAGAGAAAAGUCCAAGGCCCCGGUGUUUGAGAGCAUCGUUGGUAACUUGAAUAAGCUGGGACAGUGGGCGCAGGACUGGAUUGGUCAGGAUCAAACCAUCAUUGGGAGAGCAGCGGUAUCGGCGGCUACUGCUGCUGGGGAGGGAAAAGCGCCGUCAAAGUUUUGGGUUGUUGAACAGGCUGACAUUGUUAGGCUUGGAAGGGAGGAAUGGAAGCAGUAG